CCGGUCGCGGUCCCUUCCCGGCCAUGCGGCUGUCGCUGGUGUUGUCGGUGCUGCGGCCCGCCGGGCCCGUCGCCAUCGGCGUCUCGCUGGGCUUCACCCUCAGCCUGCUCAGCGUCACUUGGGUGGAGGAGCCCUGCGGGCCGCCGCCGCGCCCCGCCACCCGCCCGCACCCCGACGGCGGCCCCGCGCCGCCCCCCGGCCCCGCCAACGGCAACGCGGCGCGCAGGCCCAACGCCGUGCCCGCCGCGCUGGGCGCUGACAGCUGGGAGCCCCGCGUCGUGCCCUACCGACCGCCCAGCCCCGGCAGGGCCGCCAAGAAGGCCGUCAGGACCCGGUACAUUAGCACCGAGCUGGGGAUGCGGCAGCGGCUCUUGGUGGGAGUGCUGACCUCCAAGAGCACACUGAACACGCUGGGGGUGGCUGUCAACCGCACGCUGGCCCACCGCCUGGAGCGCCUGGUGUACUUCACCGGCACGCGGGGCCGCAAGGUGCCCCAUGGCAUGACGGUGGUGACACACAGCGACGAGCGGCCCAUCUGGAACAUGUACCAGACCGUCAGGUACCUUCUGGACCACUACGUGAACGAUUUCGACUGGUUCUUCCUGGUGCAGGACGAUACCUACACGGAGGCGCACCGCAUCAGCCGCCUGGUUGCCCACCUCAGCAUUGACACCCACCUCUACCUGGGCCGUCCUGAGGAGUUCAUCGGCGGGGACACUGAGGGACGUUAUUGCUAUGGAGGGUUUGGCUACUUGCUGUCCCGCAGCCUCCUCCUGCUCCUGCAGCAGCACCUGGAGAGCUGCCGCAAUGACAUCCUCAGUGCCCGGCCCGAUGAGUGGCUGGGCCGCUGCAUCAUUGAUUACACAGAUGUCAACUGUGUUGAGGAACAUGAGGGUCUGCAUUACCACUAUUUUGAGCUGGGGAAGAACGCAGACCCCGAACGGGAGACCGACCUCCGCUUUCAGAGCGCCUUCACUGUCCACCCUGUGCUGGAUCCCCUCCAGAUGUACCGGCUGCACAAGUACUUUGCACAGGUGGAGCUCGAGAGAACCUACCAGGAGAUCCAGCAGCUCCAGAUGGAGAUCCAGAACGCCAGCAGCCUGUCUGCGGAUGGGGACCACAUCGCCACAUGGCCCAUUGGCAUCCCACCCCCAUUCCAGCCCAAAACUCGCUUUGAGGUGCUGCGCUGGGACUAUUUCACAGAGGAGCAAGUCUAUGCCUGUGUGGAUGGCUCCCCCAAGUGUGAGCUGCAUGGUGCGGAUCUGGCGGACGUGGCCGACGUGGUGGCCACGGCCAUGGAGGAGCUGAACCGCAAGUACCAGCCGGUGCUCCACGUCCGCAAGCAGCAGCUGGUGAACGGCUACCGGCGCUUCGACCCCACACGUGGCAUGGAGUACACGCUGGACCUUCAGGUGGAGGUGGUCACCCAGAAGGGACACAGCCGCUCCAUCACUAAGCGAGUGCACCUGGUGCGGCCCCUCAGCGAGGUGGAGAUCAUCCCCAUGCCCUAUGUGACAGAGGCCAGUCGCAUCAAUGUCAUCCUGCCGCUGACGGCCCACGACCGGGACUACGCCGCCCGCUUUCUGGAGGCUUAUGCGGCAGCUGCUUUUGAGAGCAGUGAGAACGCAGUGCUCACCUUCCUCUUCAUCUAUGACCCCUUUGAGGCCCAGCAGGUCACCCAGAAUGACAUCUUUGCCUCUGUGAAGUCCCAGAUCACCGAGUAUGAGCGCAAGUAUGCAGAGGUAAAGAUCCCCUGGAUCAGUGUUAAGACAGACGCGCCCUCCCAAAUCAAGGUCAUGGACAUUAUCUCCAAGAAGCAUCCUGUGGACACACUUUUCUUUGUGGCUGGCGUGGGGACAGAGAUCACCAUUGACUUCCUUAACCGCUGCCGGAUGAACACCAUAAACAACUGGCAGGUUUUCUUCCCCAUCCACUUCCAGGGCUACAACCCAGCCAUUGCUUACCACAACCAGGUGCCACCCACCACACUGGACCUGCUGAGGGACAUGGGGCGCUUUGACCGUGACGUCUUCCACGAAGCCUGCUUCUACAACGCUGACUACAUGGCAGCACGCACCCGCAUGGCGGGGGACGUGCAGGAGAAUGAGGACAUCCUGGAGACCCUGGACAUCUAUGACAUGUUCAUCAAAUACUCCAACCUCCACGUCUUCCGGGCUGUGGAGCCUGCCCUGCUGCAGCGCUACCGGCACCAGGCUUGCAAUCCCCGGCUCAGCGAGGACAUCUACCACCGCUGUGUGCAGAGCAGCCUGGAGGGCGUAGGCUCUCGCUCCCAGCUGGCCAUGGUCCUUUUUGAGCAGGAGCAGGGGAACAGCACCUGAACCCUGGAUGGUGGAGGGGCUGGCCCUACCAUGUUAUGCCUGCCUGCCCGCUCCACUUCUUCUUCUGCCCUAAUCUGUCUUCCUUCUGCAGUGGCUGCAGAGAGUGCUGGUGUCCAAGCUUGUGACCUGCCCCCCUGGGGCUCCCCAGGCCGGGGUCUGCCAGCCCAGGGUGCCUGGGUCUUUCUCAAGCAGCCAUGGCUGUGCAGACCCCGGGCAAGAUGGGGUCAGAGUCACUGAGCUGCAAGCUGGAACACCUGGCUCCUCACUCAGAGCUGGUGGCUGCUGGCCCCAUCUGUCUGUCCUGGCCCUGCUGCUGAGCACUGGGGAGAUGGGCUACUGUGUCUCUUGUUGUCCCCCCUUAACUGGGGGAAUGUAGAGCCCAAAGUCCCCCUUCUGCAGGGCUGUGACUGCCACAGGGCCUGGAGUGAUCCCUCGUAGUUCUCCCAGUGUCCUAGAAUGGGAAUGUGCUCCUUGCUCCUUUGGAGCAUUGGCCUGGUUGUACAGGGAGGGUGAUGUCCCUGUGCCCGCCACAAGCUUGGACAGUGGAAUGGGGCACAUCCCAUCCCAAAAGAGCAAUAAGGAUGUUGGUUUGGGGUUUUGCCACUUGGCAAUGAGCUGGAGUGCUCCUGGCCGGUUAGGGUGUGAGGAACUUGGGCCUCUGAGGCUGGUGGGUGUAGGGGGUGCCAGAGGGGAUCCUGCUGAUUUCAUGUACCGUGAGCUGCUCCCCAUGGGAACCAUGACCCAGGCCGCUUCGGCCUUCGCAGUAUUGAUAGGACGUCGGAGGUCACAGCCCUCAGACGAGAGCCUCCUGACAGAGGUGGGAUCCCUCCCCACUGUGGGGCUGCCCUCAGGGUCAAGGGACAUUGUGCCUGACACUGAUGGGCAUGGCAGAGGGUUUGGCUGUGCAUCUCCUAAGGAGAAAGCGACUGAGGAGCUGCUCACUGCUCCUGGUUUGUAUUUAAUAGGGGGGAGAGGAGGGGGGAUGGGGUGCAUUUACACUAAUAAAAUGGAGAGAUGUA